AUGUCUCAGCCUCCCUGGAGUUUGCCUACCGGCUCAACCCACCAGCCGCAAUUAAAAGUCUACAACUCGCUGACGCGAUCCAAAGUUCCCUUCGUUCCCCUACAGCCCGAGCACAUCACCUGGUAUGCUUGCGGUCCCACUGUCUACGAUGACGCUCACUUGGGUCAUGCCCGCAAUUAUGUUACUACCGACAUCAUUCGUCGGAUUCUGCGAGACUACUUUCACUUCCAAGUUCGAUUCGUUAUGAAUAUCACCGAUGUUGACGACAAAAUCAUCCUGCGGGCCAGGCAGAGACAUCUUUACGAUGAAUACAAGAAGAACCAUAGAUAUAUCGACGACCAAGUCCGUCAAGACGUCCGACGUGCCUGGCAUUACUAUAUCCAAAAAAAUCUGAAACGAUUGGGCCCCAAAACUCUCGUCACUCCCGAAACCUUCGACGACAUCAUCGAGCAUACCUAUGCGGAUAUCCUUCUCGGCGGAAGCUUGGAGGCAGGAACCAAACCUGGUGACAAGGAAGCCAAAAUCAAGAUGCACAUCCAUACGGCCAUGAUCGCUGCCAAAGCUUUACUGCAAGAUCCCAAACUCUUGACCCCUCACGAAUUCUACAACCGCGUAAGCGAUGUGAUGUGCCUCGCGCUCGACGAACAGCUGGGAAAGAGUAUUCGAGGAGAUGAUUACGCCGUUUUUACCAAACUGACGAAAGAGUACGAGAACCGAUUUUUCCAAGACAUGCACGACCUCAAUGUCAUGGAUCCAGAUGAUCUAGUCCGAGUCACAGAAAAUGGCAAGGAGAUUGCCGACUUUGUCAAGAAGAUUGUCGACCACCACUUCGCUUACCGGACAUCAGACGGGUCAGUAUACUUUGACAUAAAAGCGUUUGAAGCGGCCGGAUAUCCUUAUGCUAGGCUAGCACCUUGGAGUCGAAACGACAAAGACCUUCAAGCAGAUGGAGAAGGCGCGCUCUCUCAAAAGGAUGAAAGCUUCAAGAGAUCCGAUGCCGACUUUGCUUUGUGGAAAGCAUCUAAACCCGGUGAACCAAGUUGGGAAAGUGAAUGGGGCCUCGGCCGACCAGGAUGGCACAUUGAAUGCUCCGCAAUGGCCUCGGGAAAACUUGGCCGUCAAAUAGAUAUUCAUUCUGGAGGAAUCGACUUGGCCUUUCCACACCACGAUAACGAACUUGCUCAGAGUGAAGCAUUUUGGGCCGAUGGCAACCAAUGGGUGAACUAUUUCCUCCACAUGGGCCAUUUGUCCAUACAAGGCUCCAAAAUGUCAAAGUCGUUGAAAAAUUUCACCACCAUUCGUGAAGCACUUCAUGUCAGAAAAGAAUGGACGGCUCGGAGUCUUCGGAUUGUCUUCUUGCUUGGGAAUUGGAAAGAUGGCAUAGAGAUCACCGAUGAUAUGGUGGUCGAAGGCAGAAAUUGGGAGGACAGAGUGGACAACUUCUUCCUCAAUGCCAUGGAGAAUCUCAAAGAUGCGAAUGCGACAGACGAGCAACCAGGAAUCCUCCAAGAUGUUCUUCGGGAUGCAGAGGAAAAGGUCCGGGCUGCACUCUUGGACUCGUUCAAUACCCCGGUCGCCAUGAACACGAUUUCGGCGCUGAUUAAUGCCUACAACAGUGCGAGAAAAUCCGACCUGACGGUGUACGAUCACAGAAACAUCGCACUCUUUGUCACACGUCUCGUCAAUACCUUUGGUCUCAAUGGUUCAGAGCCGGCCGACACAGGACAAAUAGGCUGGAAAGGUAUCGAUAUUCCCGAAGCCGCAAAAGAAUAUGUCUACCCCCUGGCUAAGAUGAGAGAUGAACUUCGACAAGCUGCAAUUGCGAAAUCCAUCACGGCUGAAAAGGUUCAGGAAAUCGUCUCCACGUCGCCCGGUCUGGAAGAGCCAUCCGCUAUGGGAAGGCCAAGGCCAUCGUACGCUCGAGCCUUGAGUGAGUUCAGCAGAAAUGCCCUCGAGAUGGCAUCACCCGUCGAGUCGGGUGAUCUCAAUAAACAGAUCCUAGCACUCUGUGACCGCGUCCGAGACGUGGAUCUUUGGCAAUUGGACAUCUACCUUGAAGACCGUGAAAACGCUCCCGCUCUGGUUCGACCUGUCACUGAAGGUCUCAAAGCCGUACGACGCGAGCGAGAAGAUAAGGCUCGCCAAAAGGAGGAAGCGAAGAAAAAGAGAGAGCGUGAUGCGCAAGAGAAGUUGCAGAAGGGAAGACUCAGUCCUAUGGAAAUGUUCAAACCCCCAAAUUCUAGCGAGUACUCGGCCUGGGAUCCUGACGGGAUACCAACUGCUGCGAAGGACGGUUCUCCUUUGACGGCGUCACGGGUCAAGAAGUUGAAGAAGGAAUGGGAUGCUCAAAGAAAAGCGCAUGAAAAGUAUUUGGCUGCGAUGCAGAACGGUUCGACUGCUCAAUAG